GUAAUAUAAAUAGGCAUGGCUUCGUAUAUUCAAGCCCAGUGUCGUCCAGCCCUAAACGCUUGACACGGUAGCAGCAGGACAAGAUGUUGCUUUCAAUAAAUUGAAACAAAUAUAUAUUUUGAUUUGUCUUUGUCUUCUGUUUCUAUUCACUGGCAAAGGAAAAGCAAAUGUGACCGCACUCUCUCCGCCGAUGCAAAAACGAACCUAAGAACCGUGCUUCCCGUGCAAUCCAAUUCAUCUUCGUUUGGGGAUUAGCAACCCUAAUUCACCUUUUCUGAUAAUCAACCAGGUGUCUUUACAUUAUUCUUUGUUUGCGUUUCCUCUGAUUUUAGGGUUACACUCUGAUUGAUGAUCAUGCCUCUUCUGAAUAUAAAUGGAAACACAGCCAAGUUCUCUAUCAGGUCAUGGCUGCUAUGAAGAUAAUUGCAAUAUGUCAGUCGGGAGGUAAGUUUGUGACUGGCAAAGAUGGUUGUUUGUCAUAUAAAGGUGGUGAUGCUCAUGCUAUAGACAUUGGUGAUCUAAUGAAGUUUGAUGAGUUCAAGGAAGAAGUGGCAGAAAUGUUUAAUAUUAGAGCUGAUAGCAUGUCUAUCAAGUAUUUCCUUCCAGGGAAUAAGAAGAUUCUCAUUACUAUUUCUAAUGACAAGGAUCUACAACGAAUGAUCAAAUUUCAUGGGAGUUCUUCUACUGUUGAUAUCUAUAUCCUUAUUGAAGAGGUAGCUGCCCCUGAGGUGUCAAACAUGCCUGCCAGUAGGUCAAGCAGAACAACCUUGUCUGAAACAGUAGCAGUAGCACCGGAGCCACUCAAUGCUUUUCACACUGCUGUUGCUGAUGGUGUGCUUGAUGUCGUUCAUGAUACCAAUCAAAUUGAUACAAAUACGGACAUGGACACUCCUCUAGAAGUUCCCCCUGUUCCUCUUCAAUCCUCAAAUGAUGAGAAGUAUGCCAAAGGGGCACAGCAGUGGCAGAAUACUAUAACUGGAGUGGGUCAAAGGUUCAGCAGUGUACAUGAAUUUCGAGAAUCCUUGCGUAAAUAUGCCAUUGCUCAUCAAUUUGCCUUUAAAUAUAAGAAAAAUGAUAGUCAUCGUGUAACUGUUAAAUGCAAAGCAGAAGGUUGUCCUUGGAGAAUUCAUGCAUCAAGGUUGUCAACUACUCAAUUGAUAUGUAUCAAGAAAAUGAAUUCAACUCAUACCUGUGAAGGGGCUUUUGCAACAACUGGGCAUCAAGCAACUAGGAGUUGGGUGGCCAGUAUUAUAAAGGAGAAGUUGAAAGAUUUUCCGGAUUACAAGCCCAAGGACAUUGUCAAUGACAUCAAACAGGAAUAUGGAAUUCAGCUUAACUAUUUUCAGGCAUGGCGUGGGAAAGAGAUUGCUAAGGAGCAGCUUCAGGGUUCUUAUAAAGAGGCAUAUAGUCAGUUACCUUUCUUCUGUAAAAAAUUAAUGGAGGCUAACCCUGGAAGUCUUGCGAUGUGCACUACUAAGGAAGACUCAAGCUUUGAUCGUCUCUUUGUAUCACUUCAUGCUUUGUUGCUUGGCUUCCAACAAGGUUGUCGACCACUGAUUUUCCUUGAUAGCAUUCCAUUGAAAUCAAAAUACCAAGGAACUUUGUUAGCAGCAACGUCUGCGGAUGCCGAUGAUGGUGUAUUUCCUGUUGCCUUUGCCAUUGUUGAUGAUGCUGAAUCGGACGAUAGCUGGCAUUGGUUCUUACUUCAACUAAAGUCGGUACUGUCAACAUCUUGUCCCAUAACAUUUGUGGCAGACAGAGAGAAGGGGCUGAAAACUUCUAUUGCUGAAAUAUUUGAAGGUUCAUUUCAUGCAUACUGCCUGCGAUACUUAACUGAGCAACUUUUUAGAGACUUGAAAGGGCAGUUUUCUCACGAGGUAAUGCGACUCAUGAUUGAAGAUUUGUAUGCUGCUGCUUAUGCAACCAAACCAGAAGGCUUUCAAAACUCAAUGGAGAGCAUUAAAAAGAUUUCUGAAGAAGCAUACAAUUGGAUUAUUCAAAGUGAGCCCCAGAACUGGGCAAAUUCAUUUUUUCUGGGUACUAGGUAUAAUCACAUGACAUCAAACUUUGGGGAGCUGUUCUAUAAUUGGGCAGCUGAUGCAGAUGAAUUGCCGAUAACACAGAUGGUUGAUGUAAUUAGGGGUAAGAUUAUGGAGUUAAUUAUUUCCAGAAAGGCAGUAUCUGAUCAAUGGGAAACUAGGUUGAGUCCAACCAUGGAGGAGAAGCUUAAGAAGGAAAGCCAAAAAUCUAAUUCACUUUCAGUUCUACAAUCAACCUGUAGCACCUAUGAGGUUUGUGGCGACACAACUGAGGUGGUUGAUAUUGAUAGGUGGGAAUGUAGUUGCAAGGCCUGGCAGCUGACUGGUGUGCCAUGCUGCCAUGCCAUUGCUGUCAUUAGUGGCAUUGACCAGAGUUUUUAUGAUUAUUGCUCCAGAUACUGUACAGCUGAGAGCUAUAGGCUGACUUACUCGGAGAUUGUACAUCCAAUUUUAGACAUGGAAGUGUCUGCUUCAAAAGAUUCUCAGCUUGUGGUAACAGUAACACCUCCUCCCACCAAAAGACCACCUGGUCGGCCAGCUAUGAAGCGAUUUGGAUCUCAGGAAGUAGUCAAGCGCCAUCUCCAUUGCAGUCGAUGCAAGGGACUUGGGCAUAACAAGUCUACUUGCAAGGAGCAAUUAUAGUGCUGGGGACACCGUUGAACAGAGUUUCAGCAAGGAUCGGUAGCACAAGGAUCUGUACAAUGCAUCUAACUGCUCUUCUGAAGGGACUGAAAAAAAAAACUAGAAUUAAUGUAGUUUAGUUGUACGAUAAGCAUAGUGGUUUCAUGGUAUUUAGUAUUCUUUUGCACAUGGUUUGCUAGUUUAAAUUCAUGCUGCAAUCUUGACAAGUUCGAUUCCCCCUUGUUUGAAAUAUCUCCUUAGUCCGGGCAAAUGCGAUGGAUGUGUGUGGCAGACAAAUAAAAUUAGCGAGGACCUCUCUUGGUUCUAGCUCGUUACAGGCGGAUAAAUGGUCUGCUUUACUAAAUAAAUUCUGCUUCCACAAUUGCAUUAGAUUGUAAAUACUGAAUACAUCAUCAAUAAAGAGUAGAUAUUGGGAUUGGGGGUUUCUCUACUUGGUUGUUUUAA